UUCAUUUUUGAUAUUGAGAAAACUAUGUAGCCCUCUUCAGCAUCAUAUAGGAAGACCACAUGCCAAGUUUCGCGAUGUAAUUCCGUCUAAAUAUUUAUUAAUCUGGCCAGCAAACUUUCAAACGAGCCAAGUCGCCGAAAUCUGCUAACUCUAGCGCGCGACGUGAAGAGCAAUCAACAGCGCUGUCAAUACCACGGAUCUGGCGCAGCCAACAGUGAGCACCUACGUCAGAGGCAUGCGUAUGUCAGUUCUAUGUUUUGGUUGUUUUUACUUCUCCGGGCGAAAUUGAACGAAGACGUCGUGAGUGGAAGUGGCUCCUCCCGGCGUUGCGUGUUGGCUCUGUCCACAUGAUCACCGUAAAACGCAUGCGCCAAGUUGGGAGCAGACGCACUCGUUUCCUCGUUUCGCCUCUGCUGCAGUAGGAGCAGUAGGAGGACGGCGUUUUGUGGUUUUGUUACGGUUCGAGCGCGGGCAGCAUCCCCGAAGCCUAGCUGCGAUGCCUCGCAGAAGGGCCAUAGGCUCACGAUGUUGUGUUGCUGCCUGCUUGAACUAUCAGUCGACCAGCCCGGGAGUUGUUUUUCACAAGUUCCCUCGCGACAGUGCGCGUCUCAUUGUUUGGACAGACAUCGUGCGCCGUUGGAACUCCGAGAAGCCGUGGUCGCCAAAUAGCAGGACAUUGAUCUGUUCUGACCACUUUUUGCCCGAAUGCUACCAGCGAGAUCUGCGCUUGUUCUGCGACGCUGGGUUUUCAACCAAGUACGCGCGUCUGGAUCAAAACGCCGUGCCGUCGAUCCUCGAUCCUGGAUCCUCGCCUUCCGUAACAGCCGACGGACUGACGCCGGACGCCGUGUCGUCGUACCUCGUUCCUCGAUCCUCGCCUCCCCAAACAGCAGACGAAUCAUGCGUGAAGCGUCGUCGGACCGGGAGCGGUGACCACUGUAGCAGCAGCAGCAGCACAGUGUCGAAGAGCAGUAGCUUGCCAGUGGUCACUACAUGGGAUGACGACUCCAAAGCACCAACAUAUGAGUCAUCGCUGGAUGCACCAGUGGCUCAAGAAGAACCUGUUGGUCAGAACCAAGCCAGAACAGCGUGCCUUAGCCAAAGCGGGGACCAGGCUUCCACUUCUGGGCCAGGGUGCAACAGCAGCACCGCCGCUUUAUGCGACACCGUGCCAGCAACUACUGCAAUCGAUGGCCAUUUUGAACCGCACUUGGAGCCGCCCAUCUGCCACAUCUGUAUGUGUGUGGUAACGAGAGGUACAUCGACACUGUCUGUGGACAAAGCUGUGCAAGCCUUCGAGGAGCUUUGUCAGACCUCGACUGAAAAUCCGGCACUGCCAACAUCUUCCGGUGAGUAGCUGUGGUGGCUUAAGAAUAUAGUGCUAUCUAUGUAAUACAAUUGUGACGAGAGUUUUAAUAGUAUACAUAACAUAGAUGCAUUAUGUCCGUGUUUCCCC